GUGACAAUGACAGCAUGUGAAAAAAAAAGGAAACAUCUCCCCCCUUACCUUUGUCUGACUCAAGCAGAUUUUUAUUAUGUACACAGAAAUUACAUAUAAUUAACUUACCGUGAACUGAGUGACCUGUUUAAAUAUCUUCUAUUGUUAAUUAGAUUCGCCUUUCCAAGUCUUUAUGAUGACUGAAAUCUGUCUUUAGGCUUAGAAAGUCGCAAAUAUGUCGCACACUAAAGUGCCUGAUGUGGAAAACGUCGCCAAGACUGGUAGAGUAACAGCAGUUUGUCAGGAAUGGACUGUUAGAGAAGACAGUGCUUUAGCAUACAGGUUGCAAAACCAGGAAUUCGAUCAACACCUUUCAGGCAACAGACAGCGAAAUGCUUUGAUCAGAGAAGACUUUCCAAAAGCUAAAGAUGAACAGAUCAGGGAGCAAAGAAUGGCCGAACAGGCUGCAGCGAUUUACCAGCAGAUGCUGGCAGAACAGGAGGAAAUAGAUAAUAGAAUUGCAAAGGAACUAGCGGACAAAAUGGAGCAGGAAGAAAGGAGGAAGCGGAAAGCUGUUGAGCUGCGAGAUCAAGAGAUUGCUAGACAGCUAAUAGAGAAGGAGAGACAGAGGGUGGAGAAAUUGCAUCAAAUGACUGGUUUUUCACAUUCUGAUCAGGGCCUAGUUCCAGAUCUGUCUCCACAGAAACCAGUACAGCCUUUCCAAUCAGUCAGACCAGAAAUGUACCCAGGCCCUCACCUAUCGCCUCUCAGACCCACUACAUAUAACGCAAACCUCCCUCCAAGACGCCAAGCACCUCCUAUGCCUCUUCCCCUUAAUAACUCACCCUUCCCUGAACUACCUGCCAGGAAUACCCCAACAGAGCACCCAUUCCCAAUGAGGACUAAUGUCCAAGACUCUCCAUUCAAAAACAACAACUUUGACGAGAUCAGCAGUGCCGAGGUGUACAACGAGCCAUAUUCUCCAGCUGUCAAGAAUCUGACUGACCAGAUGGAUAGGAUAGAUGUGGUGGAUGUAGGUCUGCCAUUGGACGAGUUGACUGAGAGGCAGAUCCAGGAGGAGAGGGAUGCUGAGUUGGCCAGGAAGUUGCAGGAGCAGGAGGGGUCGUUGGAGGACUCCAUUUUGAAUCGUGAUAGAAUGUUAGCUAUAGAAGCGCAGGAUAAGGAACUAGCAAAAAUGUUGCAAGAGCGUGAACGUGCCAAAGCAAAACGAGCUAGAGAAAGAGCAAAGCAAAAGGCGCUUGCGAAAAAGCAACAACAUCAACAGCCGAUAGAUCGUCCUAAUGACCAGUUGAUGCCUGAUGAUUCAUAUGCUUUCCCAGCUGAUGUUUUGCCUUCACAUGCAGGCAGCGUUCCUAGGGCGCUUGCUGCACACCCAGACUUGUACGCUGUUCCUAAUGCCGAAGAAGACAUCAGUUAUAGUUUGCCGGCAGACGUGCUGCCACAAAACGGCAAGUGUUAUAGUCCAAAUAAAGGUGAAAGUCACAACGCGGAAGGAAAAGAAAGCAAUAGCUUGAGUAGCGGAAGCUGUAAUCCGUCUUUAGAAAGAGGUGCGGUGGCCGCGUUAAGGCCUACACAUCUAGAUCUCAGGUCCCCGCUGAACCGGAUCAACAAACCCCGCCUACCAGAUCCGGACGUAUGUGAAUUACCUUCACCAUCUGCGUCAAUUGCGACAUCUGGCGGCAGCGGUAUCUCGCCAGUAACGCCAUCUCCCGGCGGCCUCCACAACAUCGCCAUGGCGAUCGAUCCGACGUACACUCGCAGAGGGGCCGGGUACAGCAGAGGCACCGCUACUUCCGGAUGCAGUGCUAUAAGCGAUUCCAGCGGCACCGUUACUACCAGUACUGCCAGCAGUAGUCCAGGCAUGAUGCUUCCGUCACCAGACAUCGGUGAUAUAGACGAUGAAAAUCCUGCACCACCCUAUAUGCCAAUUCAAGGCCAACGUAGAACUGCAUCUUUAGAAAAGAAGCAGAAGAAAAAGAAUAAAGAAGGCGGAUGUAAGCAACAGUAAAAUAUGAAAAUAAGAGUUAGCAUCUUUUUAAUAAUAAUAAUAAUGUUUAUAUUAGUAAGAAUCCAUGUGAUCAACGAAUUAGAAUCUCACUAUCAAAGGCGGAUAUGAAGUGAUGCUCACAACGCACUCUGCGUCGUUCCCCAGGUAGACGAGAGACCCCACAAUCAGAAGUGCCAGAGAACAUUUGUUCUUGCGCUCCCUCUCGGGGUUUCUCCAGCCGUAAUGUGGGUUUCAGCUUUAGGCUCCGAAGACCUUAAAUCCGCCACUGCUCACUAUUGUUAAAUUUUAUUUCCUAUACAGUGCUUGAAUAUCACAAUAAUAGAUUAGUAACAGAAUUAGCGGGAGACGCAUACCGACAAUAAAAUUCGAUGAAGAAUUCUUAAUCAGAGAUUGAGAUGUUUUUAUGUAUCUCAAUGAAAAAUUUACUAUAUGCGACAUAUGUGCCAUAACAUAUGACUAAUCCAAAGUUCUUUCACAAUGUGUCAACCUUUCAUCCACUAUGCCUAUUUUCAUAAACCAAUAAGUUACAAUCUUUCAUAGAAGAAUUCACUACAAAUGUGUUCUUUUUAUCGAAAAAUUUAAUUUUUUUUUCAUGUAAGUAUAAUAAUAUAUUGAGACGUACAAUAUCAAUUACUGAUGUGUCAAUUUUGUGAUAUGCAAAGACUGUACAAGCAAAUGUAGUUAAAAUUAACCUAUUUGAAAGUAGAAUCAUACUAUUACCGUAUACGUCACUGCCCAUCUAUAUGUGAUAGUUUUAUGCGGCAUAUGUGUUGUUAUACCAUUGAUGCCUCAGUCCUCGGUAAUAAUUGUUGUACGACUGCAGUUUUAACGUAUCUAUACGUUUAUAGAGAAGUUUGUUUAGUCUGAUAUUAAGUAUUCCAGUAGACAAUUCUAAAUGUGUUAAAAUUUGACGACCGUUCCAUUUCAAAAUAUGUCUAAGUCUAAUAAAGACAAUCAACAGAAGAUAUUAGUUCGAUUUUAGUCCACAAAUAUUACAUAUAAAUGUCUAGCGUGAUUCGAGACUACUCAUCAGAGUUAUAAAAAUCAUUCUAAUGGUUGAAGCAGUGUCCACAACAGUGGCAUCCUUUAUGUUAAAUUACUUGAAUGUAGUACAAACUUUCGACAAAAUUAAACAUUUUUUAGUGUCGGUAAGGUUAUUGCUGCCAAUUAUUACUCAAAUUUAGACUCGUUUCCUUGAUAUUAAACAUUGAAAUUGAUGUUUUAUCGAAUGCACUUAAUGUUUGUUUUGGCAGUCGAGCCUGUACGCGAUGAAGUUCUGUACUUAAUACUUUUUCACUAGUGAACGACAGGGUGCUAACUUAACGAAUCCUUAUUUAGAACUACUGAACUUAUAUCUUAACAUAUAUUUUACUGAUAUUGUUUUUAAAUUUUGAUGUAAUCUGUGACGUAUUUAUAAAUUAUUCUUAUGUAUCAUAUACGUGUAUGCAUAUCACAGUAAAAACCAAUUACAAUAAUGAUGAUAAUCAAAACAAGAUGUAGAAUUAGUCCAAUAUAUCAACAAUAACACCAAAAAUACUGCUCAAUAUUUAUGAUCUACAUAGUUCUAAUAUUAUUUAUGUUUAAUAGUUGGUGGAAGGUAUCUUGUAUUUUUAUAUAUCCAUAAAUAUAAUGUUACGUUGAAUAUA